ACCACCACCCAUCCAUCUCCUCUCCUCUCCUGCUCCCCCUCUUCCUCCUCCCUCGGCAACCAAGAAGCCUCUGCUUCGAUUAAACCGAUCGAUGGGUGCCUUCAUCCUCUUCCUCUGCCUGCUUGCGCCGUUCGUGGUCGCGGCGUGCGCCCUCCGCGCCGCCAAGAAGCGCUCGUCCUCGUCGUCUUCCUCCGGCGGCAAGGGCAAGAGCAGCCUGCCGCUGCCGCCGGGCACGAUGGGGUGGCCGUACGUGGGCGAGACCACCCAGCUCUACUCGUCCAAGAACCCCAACGUGUUCUUCGCCCGGAAGCGCAACAAGUACGGCCCCAUCUUCAAGACGCACAUCCUGGGGUGCCCCUGCGUGAUGGUGUCCAGCCCUGAGGCGGCCAAGUUCGUGCUGGUCACCCAGGCGCACCUCUUCAAGCCCACCUUCCCGGCCAGCAAGGAGCGCAUGCUGGGGCGGCAGGCCAUCUUCUUCCAGCAGGGCGACUACCACGCCCACCUCCGCCGCCUCGUCUCCCGCGCCUUCUCCCCGGACUCCAUCCGCGGCUCCGUCCCCGCCAUCGAGGCCAUAGCGCUCCGCUCCCUCCGCUCAUGGGACGGCUUGGAGGUCAACACCUUCCAGGAGAUGAAGACUUACGCUCUGAAUGUGGCAUUGCUGUCCAUUUUCGGCGACGAGGAGAUGCAGUACAUCGAGGAGCUGAAGCAGUGCUACCUGACCCUGGAGAAGGGGUACAACUCGAUGCCCGUGAACGUGCCCGGCACGCUGUUCCACAAGGCCAUGAAGGCCCGCAAGCGGCUGGGCGCCAUUGUGGCGCACAUCAUCUCGGCCAGGCGGCAGAGCGAGCAGGAGCGCGGGAACGACCUCCUGGGCUCCUUCAUGGACGGCAAGGAGGAGCUCACCGACGACCAGAUCGCGGACAACGCCAUCGGCGUCAUCUUCGCCGCGCGUGACACCACCGCCAGCGUCCUCACCUGGAUGGUCAAGUUCCUCGGCGACAACCCCGCCGUGCUCAAGGCCGUCACCGAAGAGCACGCUGCUAUCGCCAAGGAGAAGGAACUCUCCGGCGAGCCGCUGUCGUGGGCCGACACGAGGCGGAUGAAGAUGACGGGGCGGGUGAUCCAGGAGACGAUGCGGGUCGCAUCCAUCCUCUCCUUCACCUUCAGGGAGGCCGUGGAGGACGUGGAGUACCAAGGGUACCUCAUUCCCAAGGGCUGGAAAGUGCUUCCCCUGUUCCGCAACAUCCACCACAACCCCGACCACUUCCCCUGCCCGGAAAAGUUCGAUCCUUCGCGAUUCGAGGUGGCCCCCAAGCCCAACACCUUCAUGCCCUUCGGCAACGGGACCCACUCGUGCCCGGGAAACGAGCUGGCCAAGCUGGAGAUGCUCGUCUUCUGCCACCACCUCGCCACCAAGUACAGCUGGUCCACCUCCAAGUCCGAGAGCGGCGUCCAGUUCGGCCCCUUCGCCCUCCCCAUCAACGGCCUACCCAUGACCUUCACCAGCAAGAACGGCGACACCGCCUGAUUCCAUUCAUCCAAGCUUUCACGACCAAAAAUCAACAGCGCCGCUGCGCAUGCGGACCGGAAAAAACCCGGGCUCCAUCAUCCGUCCCUGUCCGCGGCGGUCGCCAUCGGCGGGGGACACCUGGAGCCUGUGGGCGCCGCGGCGGGAGCGGGCUGGCGGAGGCCGAUCGAUCGAUUUCCGCAUCAGCAGCAAGCACGGACCGUCGGACUCCUCCUCCUCUGUACAGAUUCUUCGGCGAGGACCGCGACGGCCGGGCCAGAGAAGACCGAGAAAAUUCCUUGCAAAAAAAGAACCACACUACUACCACCGUAGCCAUUUUCAGCUAGGGAGCCGGCGCCACAAAGAAGUGGCGCCCAAUUGUAAAACCAACCAACCAUUUUUUAUCCUUUUUUCUUCCAGAUUUUUAUUUUUUUUAGCAACACCUAUAUAGGAGAUGACAGCAGACAGACAGGCCCUGAUUGGGAUGUAAGAUAGGUUGCCCGCCUGAAAGCAGGCUGGCAGCUAGGUCGAAUAAGCACCGAUCGCAAGAUCGAGCCAAAAGGAGGCCCCCGGCCGGAGAGCGACUCCUCAUGUAUUCUUUGGAACACGUCAAAUGCAAUGCAAGAGGAACUGGCUUUUCUUGUUA